UGCUGCCCGCUCAUUCGGUCCCGCUCAUUCCACGCAGCACCAGCACAGCUUUGAAGAGCUUCGAUUCACGAUUCAGACAGCCCAACGUGGCUCACCACCAUCACCUCUUCUCACGCUCACCACAUCCACAACUCGAUCCUCCCCUGACCUCUUCUCUUUCCUAUUGUCCUACUACUCUGGACCCGAUCUCCAUCCCCUCACCUCUUCACGGGAUAACCUCACCGCGUAUCCGCUCUCUAAAUCCACGAGGUGCGCUCCCUCAGCCUGCUGAUCACCUGUCAUCAUGACAGAUUCGCUUCCUUCGGAGGUCAACGUGCUCAUCCUAGGCGGUGUGACCCAUCUGGCUCGUCCGCUGCUCGCUUGGCUCUUAUCGGAUGAACCGGCUAGGUUGGGUGGACCGACAGUGAAGCAUGUCCGCAUGGUGGACAAGUUCUUGAUCGCCAAAGAGGGCAGCUCCACAUUCGUUGACCCUCCGACCAUCGCCGCAAUUUCGGAUGCUCGCGUGGAGUAUCAGCAGGCGAAUUUGAACAUCCCUGCCACCGCGGCGCGCGUAUUUGAGCCGAGUGCAUCCGGGCCCUUUGACUUCGCAUUCGACCUCACUGGGGAAGGGAUCGUAAGCAGUGACGUGCCGGCCCAGCUUCUGCUCGAGCGCACGGUCAAGCUUGCAGGAUCGCUCGCAGCUCUCGCUCAGAAGGCAGGUGUUAAAGCAUACGUGAGGGAUACCCCGCCUUUUUGGAAGUCGAAAGUGGACGAGGGCUUGAUCCAAGAGUCGUCGGAUGUGAGCAAACGAUCACUCCCAAAGGGACCCCGAGCGUACUUCUACUACGAAGCAGAGCGAGCUGUGGCAUCCAUCGAAGGUUUGCCCGCCGCCAUUCUGCGCUCUGCGGGUGUUUGGGGUCCAGCUCAGUACCAUGGGGAAUUGCCGCCUAGACUAGCGCUCGGCGAGGUGUACAGGAUAGAAAAGGAACCCAUCAAGAUCUUGUGGAGCGGAGACCUCAGACUCAACACUCUGCACUCCCAAGAUUGGUGCACUGCUGCUUGGAGCGUGGCUCGCUGGCUCGCGCAACGAGACCGAGCCGCCGCAGAUUCACAAGCGGGAGAGAAGCUGCCAGCUAUCUCUCCUAGGGACAAAGGGAAAGGCUUGAACGUGGAGUGGAAUCAGGAUCUACCCAACUGCUGUCCAAGAGCCAAAGUGCCCACUGUGCCGGUCUUUAAUGUGGCGGAUGAUGAGGACACUAAUCAACAGAAGCUGCUAGAUGCCAUCGGAUCGUUCUUUGGUGUGGAAACUGGUUUUGUCAAUGCCGCUAUCAAUGCCUGGGCCAAGCUGAAUUUGAGCAGCGUGGUGGAUGAAAUGAACGAGAAGCACUCCGAAAUGGUCGCCAAGAUCAUGGCACAGACGGAAAUCACGAGCACGCCUUUUACGCUCUUUUUGGACACUGAAGCCGUCGCUCAACGGACGAUCGCGCUCGAGACCACCAAGAUCAAGAAUGUCAUUGGCUGGAAGCCUGCUAGAAGGCUGGACGAUAGCGGCUUUGAGGAGAUGAUCUCUUCCUUUCAAGAUGCUGGAGUCUGGGCCAAGAAUCGCUGAGAUCUUUCGUAGCAAGGCUUUCUCUCUAAUCUUAGGAAGCGCGCCUCCUCACCCUUGCAUCGAAUCGUAUCAUAGCUGAUUCAGCACCGAAGCCUAAGCAAGUCUUGAUGACGCCCUCGGUCGAUCCCACUCGGAACGAAAGCUUCCCCACCAGCAUGCAAGGGCACUGCACUCGGAACACACAACCUCGGACUUGCUAAUAUAGCGCCUUCUCUCUUCUUGCUAAUUCCCAUCCCCAUGUCGGCCGUCGACGUGACCCAGGAAAUACUAUGCACGGCGCUGAGUCGCGAUAACGCGAUGCACGCUUCAUGUGGCGAU